AUGGCAGCUUUCAGUUGGGUUUUUUUCAGUCCAACAGCUGGUGACACCAAGAACCGCUUCUUGGGGAUUUGGUGCAAGAAUUCAUCAGUCUCAUCAGCCACAACUGUUACUUGGGUUGCAAAUCAGCACAACCCCAUCAAUGGUUCAUCAGGCCUUCUGAUGAUCAACAGCUCCGGAAAUGUUGUCCUUCUAAGUCAAAAUAGCACUGUUGUUUGGUCAAUAGCUUUGUCCAAGCAACCCCGGAAUCCGAUUUUGCAGCUCUUGGAUUCUGGCAAACUUGUCCUAAGAGAAGCCCGAGAUGGGAAUUCAAGGAACUACUUGUGGCAAAGCUUGCAGUGGGACGAGAAGGCCGGUCUUUACCGGAGUCUAUUGGCUUCGAGUUCAAGUGACGUCUGUGACAAUUAUGCCCGUUGUGGCCCCUAUGGGAUGUGUGACAUUAGCAACUCAGAAGUUUGCAGCUGUUUAAAAGGGUUUCAACCCAAAGAUCCUGGAAAUUGGAACUAUGCAGACAACUCCGGAGGUUGUGAGCGUAUUACACCAUUCGUGUGCCAAAAUGGAGAUGGGUUUAAGAAAUAUGGUGGGGUGAAGCUGCCAGAUACAACACAUUCUUGGGUCAACCGAAGUAUGAGCCUCAAAGAAUGCAGGGCAAGUUGCUUGAACAACUGUUCUUGUACGGCUUAUGCAAUCUCUAAUGUCAAAGGGGGCAGUAGCUGCACUAUCUGGUUUGGUGAUCUUAUCAGCCUUAGGAAGCUUCUUGAUGAAGGGCAGGAUCUAUAUGUUCGAAUGCCUGCUUCGGAAUCAGACACAGACCAUUCGCGUAAGACAAAGAUAAUAGUGAUAGCUGUAGCCGCAGUAUCCAUUGUUUCCGGGAUGUUCUUAGCUGUCUAUUGUAUUCACAGAAGGAGGAGAAAGCUCAAAGAGAAACUGCGGAAAGAUGGAAUGAUGGGUCAGAACAAUGAAGGACAGAAGGAAGACCUGGAGCUACCAUCCUUUAGCUUGCCAACAUUAAUCACAGCCACUGAUAACUUUUCGUUCAACAUGAAGCUUGGAGAAGGUGGUUUUGGAUCCGUGUACAAGGGUAGACUAGUAGAUGGGCAAGAGAUUGCAGUGAAGAGGCUCUCCCAAAGUUCUAGGCAAGGAAUUGCCGAAUUCAAAAAUGAAGUUAUACUAAUAGCCAAGCUUCAGCACCGAAAUCUUGUAAAGCUUCUUGGCUACUGCAUUCAGGGAGAAGAAAGAUUGCUCAUUUAUGAAUAUAUGCCCAACAAAAGCUUGGACUUCUACAUUUUUGAUCAAACUCAAGGUAGACUGUUAGAUUGGUCUCAACGCUUCCACAUUAUCUGUGGGAUUGCAAGGGGUCUUCUCUAUCUGCAUCAAGAUUCCAGACUGAGGAUUAUUCAUAGAGAUCUUAAAGCAAGCAAUGUGUUGCUUGAUAAAGAGAUGAACCCAAAAAUCUCAGACUUUGGCAUGGCUAGAAUAUUUGGAGGAGAUCAGACUGAAGGAGUUACAAAGAAAGUUGUUGGAACCUAUGGUUAUAUGGCACCAGAAUACGCCAUUGAUGGUCAAUUCUCCGUAAAAUCCGAUGUUUUUAGCUUUGGUGUUUUAUUAUUGGAGACACUAAGUGGAAAGAGAAGUAGAGGGUUUUAUGAUCAAAAUCACAGCCUCAACCUCAUUGGACAUGCAUGGCGAUUAUGGAAAGAGGGAAGGUCCUUAGAAAUGAUUGAUAAAUGCUUAAGUGAUUCAUGCACUCUCUCGGAAGUCUUGCGUUGCGUACAUGUUAGUCUUUUAUGUGUGCAACAGCUUCCUGAAGACAGGCCAACCAUGUCUACUGUGGUUCUGAUGUUAGGUGGUGAGAGCGCCUUGCCUCAACCCAAAAAGCCAGCUUUCUUUUUAGGAAAACAUCCAUCCUCUGAAGCAGGUUCUUCUUCAAGUAAGAACCAAACGUCUUCAACUUUCGGUGUGAGAAACGAAACAUCUUCAACUAAUGAAUCUUCGAUAACAGUGUUGUUGCCUCGAUAA